CUAAGUUACCAGAUCUCAACCCAAUCCAACACUUACGGGAGAUACUCCUUUAUUUAGCCAGUUACCUGUAGCUAGUAGCUAGCUAAGUUACCAGAUCUCAACCCCAAUCCAACACUUACGGGAGAUACUCCUUUAUUUAGCCAGUUACCUGUAGCUAGUAGCUAGCUAAGUUACCAGAUCUCAACCCAAUCCAACACUUACGGGAGAUACUCCUUUAUUUAGCCAGUUACCUGUAGCUAGUAGCUAGCUAAGUUACCAGAUCUCAACCCAAUCCAACACUUACGGGAGAUACUCCUUUAUUUAGCCAGUUACCUGUAGCUACUAGCUAGCUAAGUUACCAGAUCUCAACCCAAUCCAACACUUACGGGAGAUACUCCUUUAUUUAGCCAGUUACCUGUAGCUACUAGCUAGCUAAGUUACCAGAUCUCAACCCAAUCCAACACUUACGGGAGAUACUCCUUUAUUUAGCCAGUUACCUGUAGCUAGUAGCUAGCUAAGUUACCAGAUCUCAACCCAAUCCAACACUUACGGGAGAUACUCCUUUAUUUAGCCAGUUACCUGUAGCUAGUAGCUAGCUAAGUUACCAGAUCUCAACCCAAUCCAACACUUACGGGAGAUACUUGGUGAUUCCUUAAUUUAGCCAGUUACCUGUAGCUAGCUAAGUGUAAGUUGAGCUAGCUAACUAGCUAGCUAACGUUAGCUAUAGCUAGUGUGUGUGUAUAUAUAUAUACAGUACCAGCUAGCUAGCUAACGUUAGCUAUAGCUAGUGUGUGUGUAUAUAUAUAUACAGUACCAGCUAGCUAGCUAACGUUAGCUAUAGCUAGUGUGUGUGUGUAUAUAUACAGUACCAGCUAGCUAGCUAACGUUAGCUAUAGCUAGUGUGUGUGUGUAUAUAUAUACAGUACCAGCUAGCUAGCUAACGUUAGCUAUAGCUAGUGUGUGUAUAUAUAUAUACAGUACCAGCUAGCUAGCUAACGUUAGCUAUAGCUAGUGUGUGUGUAUAUAUAUACAGUACCAGCUAGCUAGCUAACGUUAGCUAUAGCUAGUGUGUAUAUAUAUAUACAGUACCAGCUAGCUAGCUAACGUUAGCUAUAGCUAGUGUGUAUAUAUAUAUACAGUACCAGUCAACAGUUUGGACACACCUACUCAUUCAAGGGUUUUUCUUUAUUUUUUACAUUGUAGAAUAAUAGUGAAGGACUCAUGUAGCAACGUGUCUGUAAUGUGUGUGUGUGUGUGUGUGUAUAAUGUGUGUGUGUGUAUAAUGUGUGUGUGUGUAUAAUGUGUGUGUAUAAUGUGUGUGUAUAAUGUGUGUGUGUGUAUAAUGUGUGUGUGUGGUGUGUGUAUCUAUUCUCCAGGUGAUAGCCGUAGUGAUGGAUCAGUUUAGUGACGUUGACAUCUAUAAGGACCUGUUAGAUGCAGCCUAUAAGAGAAGAGUCCCUGUCUACAUCAUCGUGGACACCGCUGCCGUCUCCUGCUUCCUGGACAUGUGUUGUAGAGCCAACAUGCACCAGGGACACCUCAAG